AUGGCGUCGAAGGAAGUGGUCUUGGAUCGAGAUGCAUUCGGAACACACAUCGUCCGAACAUUGAAGGUGUCGAUGGCAUUACACCCCAAGCUGCGAGAUUUGGACCUUCGCUUCGUCGACGGUGGUGGUACGAAGCUCGAGAUUGCGUUCAACCAUACAGAGAAACAGGUCCUUGUCCACGCUAAAUGGCUCCAGUUCCUGACAGCCCACAAAAUGGGCCCGUGUGAGGUCCUCCGCCUGACAGAUGACGGCCAACUCGAUGAAGAGGCUUUUUUUUGUGACCAUGUGGUGGAAGAACUAUUUAACUCUCUCCUCAGUAUAAUUGGUCGCGAACAGCUUACUGAUGUGCGGCGAACAAUGCGAGAACAGCUCCGGCUCAUGCCUCGACUCGUCCAAGUCAUCCCUACAAAGUCGCCGAACGAGCUCGAAGUCCGCUGGAUUGGCAAUGGAGGACUAAUGUCGACCUACUACAGCCGCAAUAUCCGCUAUCUGGUUACCCUCCAUCGAGUGACCUCGUGCCAGUCAAGAUCGAAUGAUCUGCUUCACGACCAUCGAACCGAAAGUCCCGUUGCCGAUGGUGCGUCGCGGCAGAGUGAGUCAGAUUCCCGCACAGAAUCGGUCAUCACAACGAGCAGUAUUUUCCAAUGGUCGCAAGACUUGAUUCCAGUUCAUUCUUCGCAACACCUCCGAUCCCUGUCGCACCUCUUCGGAUUGUCACACCAUCUUUGUCGGGUCCCGGGUCCCGCCGACGCAGAUCAUCCUGACUUUGCCACUGAGGUUGUUGACUUUAACGAUGCGACCAAUAUUUGCGACCAUAGGGAUGAGAUUGAUCAGGAUAUGGAAGUAGUGCAUCGGGAGUCGCCGGUAAUUGACGUUAAGCCCCCGAUCGCCGAUUUUGAAACACAAAAUCUACCAACGCCGCAGUCAUCCAGCUUGGAAGGAAUCGAGCCAAUACUCAAGGAGGUUGAUGCUCUGCCGCUUUUUGAGCAAGAUCAAGACUAUUGGCGGCAAUGGCACGCUGAAGAGCUACCGGGAGCGUUUUCAAAGCUCCUCGCGCACCGUGAACGCAACGAUCUUCGAAAUCUCCACCCGGUGGCAAGCCUCGAGUGGCCCGACCUGAAUUUUCAAUUCGUCAAAGACGAGUAUGCCCUAAUCCGCAUUGGCAGAGAGAACCCGUUGGAGCAUGUCAUCUUCAUCCACGAGAUCUCUUACUGCGCUGAGGAAGCCGAAAUCAGCGGCGCGCGUCUGCUGGUCACUAAGUAUUCGAAACUUGUGUCGAAUUAUCCCGCUCCCCUGGAGGAGUCCGUUGGAGAGGACGAGGAUGAGAUCGAAAAUGGUCAAGAACUGUUGCUCCAUUUUGGGGACUUUGGCAAUAUGGGCACACGCCAUGACGCUGAAUCCAUUCAGAUAAGUGAUAUUGUCUUUGUGACAGAGCUUGUGGCCGGUGUGGACCAUGUCCUUGCAUUAUCUCCAGUUGUUGAGCAUGAUGCCAUGUACUGUCGUUUUACAAUCAAAGGCUCGACAUCGAAUAGCACAGCGGCGUGCUGGACGCCAUUGUCGUCUGAUUUGCUGAGUCGGCGCGAUCGGUGGCGGGGGCCGCAGUUCAACAAUAUAUCGAGACCUGCUGUCGUGAACUUCACACCCGGUAUCCUGGGCCCUGCAGAGGGAUUCUCACAGGCUGUGUUUGACAUUCAAGCCGCGAUGGGCUUUGAUCAGGAGCGUCACUUGUCGUGGAAGAUACGGCACACUCAGAGUCAAAUCUACGACGGUUCACCAAGAGACGCUCUUGACGACAUUAAAUCUAAACAACUCCGUCCGCCAUGUACAUCGGAACCCGCGCCUCCCAAAAUCGCUCUUGUUGCUGGAGGAAACGCACCAUUUCGCCUGAGCGAGGCCAACCAGAAGAUGCCGCCCAUAGAGCAAUUCGUUUCUCCGUUGGACCCCCUCGACGCAGCAAUUAAUACUCCGAGGAAGCCUGAUUUUCUGAACACCCGCGUCGGACUAGGGCCGGAGCGGGCAUUCUUGUGUUCAGCACCGCUGGAAAUGCAACCAGGCGAUGAGCAGGCCGAUAAACAUCCCAGCCACGUUUACAACCACCAAACCGGGCAAGUGUCGACAUCAUCGUGGAAGAUCCCUCUUCUCUGGGAGACUGAUGCACUCGAGGGGUUAUCUUGCGAUCCUCAACCCUGGACACAUCCCGAUCGCCAAGAUCUCCUUACAGUGCGGGAGCUCGCUCGGCUCCAGGGAUUUCCAGACGAUUUUGUCUUCUUUCGGUCCUUGGACAUUCAGUACGAGGAUGUAUGGACUGCUCUGCCACCGGUCCUCUCACGGCUUGUGGGGAAGACCAUUUUGCAAGUCAUCCAGGGCUCGCUAAAGGCAAAAGCGGGUGAUCGCCAAGAGAGUCUGAGAGCUUCGAAACGACACAGGUCUGAAAACGAUGUGUAA